AUGAGGCUAAUUAAGCAGCUGUUGGUUGCUUUAGUAAUAGCUUCAUUAUUAGAGGGAUGGUGGAGCUGUGAUGGUUGUUUGGAGAAUGAGAGAAAUGCUCUUUUGCAACUCAAGGCUUCUUUCAAUUAUCCUGAACGCAUGUCACUCUUUUCUUGGGGAUUACUUACCGAUGACUGUUGUAAAUGGGAAAAUAUUCACUGCAGCUCCACCACUGGACGAGUUUCCAAACUCAGUAUUCGGCGCGAUUAUUGGGCCUUUGAAUGGUGCUUCAAUGCCUCUUUGUUUCUUCCUUUUCAAGAAUUGACGAGUCUUAGCUUACGAAACAAUCAUAUUAUUGAUUGUGUUGAGAAUGAAGGUUUUGAAAGAUUAGAAAGGCUCAGCAAGUUAGAGUUUCUUGAUUUAGAAUAUAACUGGUUCAACAACAAGAGCAUUGUAUCAUCUAUUGGCCAUCUUUCAUCUUUAAAAUCAUUGAAUUUGGCCGACAAUAGAUUGGAAAGUGUAACUGAUAUUCAAGGACUAUCAAGUCUUCAAAAUUUGGAGUUUCUUGAUUUGUCAUCCAACAAUUUCAACAAUAGCAUCAUACCACUUCUAAGUGUAUUUUCAUCUUUAAAAUCUUUAACAUUGAUCGACAACAGAUUGGAAAAUAUAACUAAUUUUCAAGAAUUGGAUGCUUUGGGCAACUUAAAGGUACUGAGCCUACGAAGAAAUCAAAUUACCAAAGUUGUGGACUCAAGAGAUAUCAAAAUCAUUAGGAAUUUGAGCUCUCUUUUCCUUGAUGACAAUAAUGGGGAUGGAAGAAGCAGCAUUCAGCUAGAAUUAUUAGGGGCAUACCCAUUUCUCAAGACCCUUUCUCUAAUGAAUAACAGCUUCAAAGGAGGAAUAUUUGCUCAAGAGAUGGGUAAUUUUUCAAGCGUGGAAGAGUUGUCCCUGGAUGGUUCCUCAUUGGAUGAAGAGUCUUUUAAGAGCCUUAGAGCAUUGCCCUCUCUUAAAUUUUUAUCUAUGCAAGGGCCCAAUGCUGACCUACCUAGUCAAGGUUUAUCUAUGAUUUCCAUUUUUAAAUAA